AUGAGUAUCCGUCCAGCGACCCAUAGUGGUUCCUGGUACAGUUCCAACCCGGAGAAGCUAUCUUCGCAGUUGACCCAGUUCUUGGGCACCAACAGCGUAGUGAACGGUGCCAGAGUAGUGGUUUCGCCCCACGCAGGGUACACGUACUGUGGGGGAACGAUGGGCAAGGCGUACGGGGCGUUGGACUUGUCAGGCGUCAGACGAGUGUUCGUCUUAGGGCCAUCGCAUCACAUAUAUUUCAAAAAUAAGGGUCUGGUGAGCGGGUUUAGCAAGCUGGCAACGCCUCUGGGGCCUCUGGCGGUGGACACUGAGACGGCAGCAGCACUGGUGCAACAGGAAACGUUCGACCUGAUGGAACCCGAGACCGACUGUGACGAACACUCGCUGGAAAUGCAAUUCCCAAUGCUGCACGCAACGCUCCAAAUGCGCAAAAUCGACCCCAAGAGCAUCACAGUGGUGCCCAUUCUGGUGUCGCACAACUCUACGGCAGUCGACCACCGGCUGGGUAAAGUUUUGGGCGAGUUUGUCAAGGACCCGGCCAAUGCGUUUAUCGUGAGCUCAGACUUCUGCCACUGGGGCCGUCGUUUCAACUUCACGGGCUACGUGGGCGACUCGAACUCUGUGCAGGAAGCACUCGUAGAGGACACGGAAAUCGAGUCGCUCACGGCUCGUAGCAAGCUGUCGCAUCACCAGGUGCCCAUCUGGAAGAGCAUUGAGAUUUUGGAUCGGUACGCAAUGGCCAUUUUGGCACAGGAGGAGCCCCAGGACAAGUACGAGCUGUGGAAACACUACUUAGAGGUAACGGGCAACACCAUCUGCGGCGAAAAGCCGAUCAGCGUGAUGCUGUGCGCGCUGAGCCAGCAGCAGGGCAAGAAGGUUCAGUUCGAGUGGGCGGGCUAUUCGCAAUCGAGCCAGGUGAGUAGCGUUAUGGACUCGAGCGUCAGCUACGGGGCGGGGUACUGCCGAGUUUAA